AUGACUUCAUUCGACGCCUAUACCGACCGCGCCGCUAAGGCUCUGGCAGACAGCUUCGAGCUGGCCAAGAGCUAUGCGCAUUCACAACUCACACCUCUACAUCUCGCUGUUUCGCUGAUAGAUCCACCUAAGGACCAGGCGAACCAGGUCGACAUUCCUCCGCCCCCACUGUUCAAGCAAGUCCUCGAACGCGCCAAUGGCGACGCACAACUUUUCGAACGCGCUCUCAAGAAGGCUCUGGUACGGUUGCCGAGCCAGGACCCUCCUCCAGAGCGCACAUCACCGUCACCAAAGAUGGCUGAAGUCCUCCGUAACGCCGAAGACCUCAGCCGGACGCAAAAGGACAGCUUCAUCGCCGUCGACCACCUCAUCCAGUCGCUCUGCAAGGACACCCAGAUCCAACGAUGCCUCGCCGACGCAAACGUACCGAACGCGAAGCAGAUUGACAAUGCCAUUCAGGCGCUGCGAGGCACAAAGCGAGUCGACUCAAAGACGGCUGAUGCCGAGGAAGACAACGAGAAUCUGAAGAAGUUUACAAUCGAUAUGACCGCCAUGGCACGGGAAGGCAAGAUUGACCCGGUCAUUGGUCGCGAGGAGGAGAUUCGACGAGUUAUUCGAAUCCUGUCACGACGAACGAAGAAUAACCCUGUCCUGAUCGGAGAGCCUGGUGUUGGUAAGACUACAGUCGUGGAGGGUCUUGCCCGCCGAAUUGUCGAUGCAGAUGUUCCUGCCAAUCUGGCAGCCUGCAAGCUGCUCUCCCUGGACGUUGGUGCUCUUGUUGCUGGCAGCAAGUACCGUGGAGAGUUUGAAGAGCGUAUGAAGGGCGUCUUGAAGGAGAUCGAGGACUCCAAGGAGAUGAUAGUACUGUUCGUGGACGAAAUCCAUCUGCUCAUGGGCGCUGGGUCUUCUGGUGAGGGUGGAAUGGACGCCGCCAAUUUGCUUAAGCCCAUGUUGGCUCGUGGACAACUGCACUGCAUUGGUGCUACCACUCUUGCCGAAUACCGCAAGUACAUCGAGAAGGAUCAGGCCUUCGAGCGUCGUUUCCAGCAGGUGUUAGUCAAGGAGCCCUCGAUCCCGGAGACCAUCUCGAUCCUCCGUGGUUUGAAGGAGAAGUACGAGACUCACCACGGUGUCACCAUCAUGGACGGUGCCAUCGUCGCUGCCGCUACUCUCGCCGCUCGUUACCUGACGCAGCGUCGUCUACCCGAUUCCGCAGUCGAUCUUGUCGAUGAAGCUGCCGCAGCUGUUCGUGUCACCCGCGAGUCGCAACCUGAAGCACUCGACAACCUUGAGCGCCGCCAUCGUCAGCUACAGAUCGAGGUCCACGCUCUUGCUCGCGAGAAGGACGAGGCCUCAAUACAGCGUCUCAAGGAAGCUCGCGCUGAGGCCGCCAACAUCGAGGAAGAUCUCAAACCUCUGCGCGACAUGUACGAGCGCGAGAAGGGCCGCAGCCGAGAGAUUCAGGACCAGAAAGUCAAGCUUGACGGUCUCAAGAACAAGUUGGCCGAGGCUGAGCGUACGCGCGACAUUCAGACUGCUUCAGACCUGAAGUACUACGCUAUCCCGGAUGUCGAGACUCGUAUCGCUGAGCUUGAGAAACAGAAGGCUCAGGCUGAUGCUGAGAUGUGGGCUCACCAGGAUGGAGACGGCCAGGCUCUGCUCAGCGACAACGUUGGACCUGACCAGAUUAACGAAAUCGUUGCUCGCUGGACCGGUAUCCCAGUCACCCGCCUCAAGACUACAGAGAAGGAGAAGUUGCUCAACAUGGAGCGUCACCUGAAUGCUACGGUUGUUGGACAGAAGGAGGCCGUCAUUGCAGUCUCCAACGCCAUCCGACUUCAGCGCUCCGGUCUUGCCAAUCCCAAUCAGCCACCCAGCUUCCUCUUCUGUGGUCCAUCUGGUACUGGUAAGACGCUGCUUACCAAGGCCCUGGCUGAGUUUCUCUUCGACGAUCCGAAGUCCAUGAUUCGAUUCGACAUGUCUGAGUACCAGGAAAGACACUCUCUGAGCCGCAUGAUCGGUGCACCUCCUGGCUAUGUUGGUCAUGACGCUGGCGGUCAGCUCACUGAAGCUCUUCGUCGCAAGCCAUUCUCAAUCCUGCUCUUCGACGAAGUUGAGAAGGCUGCAAAGGAAGUUUUGACUGUCCUUCUCCAGCUCAUGGAUGAUGGUCGCAUUACCGACGGUCAGGGCCGUAUCAUUGACGCAAAGAACUGCAUUGUCGUCAUGACCUCCAACUUGGGAGCCGAGCAUCUUGCACGCCCCAACGCUCCAGACGGCAAGAUCGACCCCACCACCAGGGAGCUCGUCAUGAGCGCUCUGCGCAACUGGUUCCUCCCUGAGUUUCUCAACCGUAUCUCCAGCACCGUCAUCUUCAAUCGUCUUACCAAGAAGGAGAUCCGCAAGAUUGUUGACGUGCGGUUGGGCGAGAUUCAGAAGCGACUCGCGGCAAACGGACGCAAUGUUAAGAUCGCAAUGUCGCCAGAAGUCCGCGACUAUCUUGGCUCAGCUGGUUACUCGCCUGCCUACGGUGCUCGUCCUCUCGCUCGUCUCAUUGAAAAGGAGGUCCUUAACCGUCUUGCCGUGCUUAUCCUGCGCGGCGCUGUCAAGGACGGUGAAGUUGCGCGCGUCGAGUUGGACGACGGUCACAUCGUUGUCCUUCCCAACCACACUGACUCUGAAGAGGACUCGGAGAUGUACGAUGAGUCCGACGCGGUUGCUGAGUUGGAUGAUGAGGGUGAUAUGGAUCUUUACGAUUAG